ACGGAUGCCAUGGUCACGUUUACCACAGUAAGUGGCAGGGGCGGCGGGGCUGGAGGGCGGACAAGAACAAAAGAAAGAGGGGAGUUGGCUUCUGAUUUUGGAACAGGGAAAUUCUGGGAGGAUCUGUACACUGCGAUGCCAAAGAAGCUUAUGCAGAAGAAGUCCCGUUCAAUUGAACGGGGUUUGCUUCGUCCUAUGUGCGUGCGGAAGAUCUCCGCUUUAAAGGAGUGGGGAAGGGAGGGUAAACAUCAGAUCUGCACAGCCCUGCCCCGCCACAAGAAGUUUUCCGUUGUCUUUUGGUACGGCCCGAUCCAAUGCAUCUCUACUCUGAAAUACCGUUGUCUUGCUUGGGCCUUACUCACAGCCAGGUGGAGGUGAACAAGAGUCUUGCCAUUGUGAACACCUCUGAAUCUUGAGAUAGGAUCUUACACGUGAACAAGGUGAUGUCCAUCUUGUUUUAUGUGCUAUUUUUUGCUUAUCUCCGUGGCAUCCAGUCUACCAACAUGGAUCAAGGGAAUUUACCAGAAGAUUCAAUAAAUUCUCUCAUUAUAAAACUGAUUCAAGCAGACAUUUUGAAAAAUAAAGAAUCCAAACAAAUGUUAGAUAUUAAGGAUAGCGUUCAAGAUACAAUGAAGAAAACAGAAUCGAUUGAGCCAGAUAUAGAUGACAAUGAAAAUGUGAAAUUGGAUUUCCCACCAGUUCUUGAAAUGGACACAGAACUUUUGAGGCAGCAGAGACGCUACAGCUCCCCCAGGGUCCUCUUUAGUGACAAUACCCCACUGGAACCCCCACCAUUGUAUCUUAUGGAGGAUUACAUUGGUAGUUCUGUGGUGGUGAACCGAACAUCUCGGAGAAAGAGGUUUGCUGAAAGCAAGAGUCACCGUGGGGAGUAUUCAGUGUGUGACAGUGAAAGCCGAUGGGUCACAGACAAAUCUUCAGCUAUUGAUAUUAGAGGACACCAAGUAACAGUACUAGGAGAAAUCAAAAUGGGCCCUUCCCCAGUCAAACAAUAUUUUUAUGAAACAAGGUGUAAACAAGCCAAACCUGCCAAAAGUGGUUGUCGUGGUAUAGAUGAUAAGCACUGGAACUCCCAAUGCAAAACUUCACAAACAUUUGUGCGAGCAUUGACUUCAGAAAACAAUAAACUUGUAGCCUGGCGAUGGAUAAGAAUAGACACCUCUUGUGUGUGUGCAUUGUCCAGGAAAAUUGGACGAACAUAGAUCUGCAUAUCUCUGCCAUAUAAAUUAUUAUGUCUAAAUUAUAUGACAUGCAUGUAGCAUAAAAUGUUUCUAUUGUUUUAUAUAUAAUAAGUUGUCAUUAUU